AUGUCUCUCUUCCGUGCUAGCUUCCCAAGCUCUGGGGAUUUCACUCCUCUCUUCCGUCUUUUGGACGACUACGACACCCAUCGCUCUACUCGCAGUCAGCCCUCUGUUCCCUCGUUCUCCCCUCGCUUUGACGUUCGUGAAACCGAGGAUGCCUAUCACCUGGAUGGCGAGCUUCCCGGUGUCGCUCAAAAAGACAUUGACAUUGAGUUCUCCGAUUCCCAAACUCUGGUCGUAAAGGGCCGCAGUGAGCGCGACUACGACACUUCCAACCACCAAGCCCAAGUGGAGGAUGAGAGCGAGGAACAUGAGCAGACCAACACUGAGUCCACCCACCACUUCUGGGCCAGUGAGCGCUCGGUUGGCGAGUUCCAACGCACCUUCUCCUUCCCGAGUCGCGUUGACCAGGACAAUGUCAAGGCCAGCUUGAAGCAUGGCAUUCUGUCAGUCCAAGUGCCCAAGGCUACUGUUGCCGCCACGAAGAAGAUCACCAUUGAGUAA